AUGACCGAGCUGGACUUGCACCUUGAUGCGGACUCGGGCAUACGACACGUCGUCUUACAGGAGGAAAGAACAGAACAAGCACUGGAUGUACUGAAGCUUCCAAAAAACAGAAGUACUGGGGACCUGCUCACAGGUGCAAGACGACCAACAGAAGAUGGGAAACUACGGGUCUCCUUUGAUGCCGGAUCUGCCAUUGGUGACCCAACGGCCAGAUCCCCCAUCAUGUCAGAUCACGAGCGUGGACUUGGGAUAUCAGGACUGCGGCGAAUACGCCAGCAGCCUGCUUCUCGAGCACCAUCGCACCCUUCAUCACCAUCCACUUCUUAUACACUCCCUCCAAGGUCUUCCUCCAUGACAGUGGAUUCGUCCACCUCUCGAGGAUUCACAGGGGGUGCACCUUCUUCACCCACGCUGAAUUUCGGAGAAGACCUGUCACGGUUUCCUUCCGAAUCUCUGCAUUCAUUCUCCUUCACCCACCAGUCCGAAGGUGCGCUCCACAAUCGUCAGAGUGUGUUGAAAAGAGCUAUAGAUUUUAUGCGUGAUCGACUAGGCUUUGGUGUAAACCAUCCGGGUGUCAUGACCGCGCAGGCCAAAGUCAGUGGUGAUGUGGAAAUUCAGAGCAUGGUGGAUCUCUUGGUGCGGGCGAACAUUCUCGGUUCUGACUCACAAAACAAUCAGAAUGCUCGGCAACUCCAUGGCCCAAUGACCGGACCAGCUGAUGUUGAAAAGAAUGUGUUCGAAAACGCCUUUCUCGCGCGGUCUACGAGUCCAGAAGCACUUAGAAUACGGUCAUCUGUAGAUAAGAGCUCACAGCAAACGGGAGACAAUGAAAUCUUAAGACCUGGAUCAAGCCAACCAGAGCCUUCACUAGCUAGUGCAGCCUCAGCUGCUGAUCCAGUGGAACCUGAAUCACCAUCUAGUGCUUCACCCAUUCUAGAAACAUCUCAGGUUUCAACAACCGGCAUGAAGCGUACAUACACAGACCUGUCACUCUUGAACCUACAAACGAGGCUUGUGGAGACGCUUGCAAAGCCGUAUAAGGCGAGCGACAGUGCUCAUGAAAGCCUUGUAUCUCCAACGCCAUUGGCAGGCUUCGUCAACGCUCUUAACACUGGCAUGAACACCCCUUCCUUGGUGCACGGGCAUAACAACCGAUGGGUACCCGCUGCGCAGGCUGUGUUCACUACAGAGACUUCCUCCCCCUGGACGAUUCUCCUCGCAAACGACCUUGCAUGCCUAGUCUUUGGAGUGACGAAAGUUGAGUUUAAAAAAUUGAGCAUGCUCGAGGUCGUGAGGGAAGAUCGAAGGGCGUGGCUGGAAGAGAAACUCAAGUCUCCGGGCGCAGAGGCGACGGCAAAGGCGCGUCAAGCCGGUAGCAAAAGCGCAAGGACAAGUCCGAAAUCAACAACCUCCGUCAAGAUGGGUAGGGGUGUAACUGCACAACUUCUCAGCAAGCCUCCAUGGCGGCAGCAAAGGGCUCAGACUGACGAAUGGAAGACGAAGACGUCAAGAGGUGCACCAUAUCAUCCUGCGAAUAAAUCCCGGGGUGUUCUAUUGUGUGGGGAUAUUGUGCCGAUACGAAAGCGCAACGGAGCCACGGGAGCUGCAAGCCUGUGGGUCAAAGAGAAGCGAGGCGGUCUCAUAUGGGUGCUGGAGGAAAUUGCGGAAGAUAUUGCCACCCUGAAGCUUGAUGCGGAUUUGCGUGUGACGGGAUCCAAAGGAGCUACAAACGUGAUUUGGGGAAAGUCAGACGUUUCUGCUGGAACAGAACUACAGCAUCUGAUCCCACACAUGCCUACAAAAAGCAGCUCAAGCGGCUCAUCAAUCACGAGUAGAACAGGCUUUGCGAGUAAUACAACCGUUCAGUAUUUUGCGGCUAGAAGUGAUGACAGCAUAAACAUCCCUAUUUCGGUCACCAUGGAGCCUGACCACGAAACACUGCGGGUCUCGAGCUUCCCACACAUCGCCGGUAUCGUGGUCGUCUCUGCUUCGAACCUAACGGUCAUGAGCUCCAACUCAGUCUUCGCAGCGGCCCUCUUCGGCGAAGCCGAACCCAGUGGUCAAAAGAUCAGCGAGCUGAUACCGCAAUUUGAGAAAAUCCUUGAAAUAUUGAUCGAGGAGGACAACGUGAACUUGGUUGAUGGUAUUGUCGUACCAGAGCACAGCUUCCGAAGAGCGCGAGCCCUGGUGGCUCUACGUGAAGGCAACGAAGAUGCUGCAGCCAUAUUUCUACGGCCACAAGGACUGAUAGCUCGUCAUCGAGAUGGGUCAGAGAUUAACGUUGACGUGCAAAUGCGUGUUGUACGAAGCGAGAGAUCCACGGUCAAUGAUGCUGUUAUCGAGGAAAAGAGCGAAGACAGCGAUUCGGCGAGCGAGGAAUUUGAUCCUUCGGAGAUUGUAUAUGCUCUAUGGAUUACCUAUUCGCGGCAGCUUCACUCCGCACUUCUUCCUGGUGGCUCAGCUACACCAAACCUCUCGCGACCUGGUACGCCACACCAACCCUCUCCUGGUCAAAAUAGCCGGUCGAUUACUCCAGAGCAGAUUGACCGAGAAGACAUCAAGCCAGAAACUUUCCCCACAACGUCACUCACACAACAAAUCAAAGAAGCGGCAUCCCAGCCUAUCUCCGAGAGUCCGUCCAAGCAUGUCGUGAUAGAGCCAGUACCUCGUGUCUCCACUCCCAAGGCGAAGGAUCUGCCCAAGAAGAAGAAGAAGAUAUCAGAUUUUGUCGUUCUCGAAGAUAUGGGCCAAGGCGCGUAUGGCCAGGUCAAACUGGCCCGCUACGCCAAAGCCAAUGGCAAGAAAGUCGUCCUCAAAUACGUGACCAAGCGCCGCAUCCUCGUCGAUACAUGGACCCGAGACCGCCGCCUUGGAACAGUUCCACUGGAAAUCCACGUCCUCGACUACCUGCGAAGAGACGAGUUACGACACCCCAACAUUGUCGAAAUGACAGACUUUUUCGAAGAUGAUGUCAACUACUAUAUCGAAAUGGUACCGCACGGUUUGCCAGGCAUGGAUCUCUUUGAUUACAUUGAGAUGCGAUCAACAAUGGAUGAGGCUGAAUGCCGAAAUAUUUUCUUGCAGGUGGUGGACGCAUUGCAUCAUUUACACACCAAAGCACUCGUUGUACACCGCGAUAUUAAAGACGAGAACAUUGUUCUGGAUGGCGAAGGAAAAGUCAAGCUCAUCGAUUUCGGUAGCGCGGCAUACAUCAAGAACGGACCCUUUGAUGUCUUUGUUGGGACAAUUGAUUAUGCCGCGCCCGAAGUCCUCCAAGGUAAAUCCUACCGCGGCAAAGAACAAGACAUCUGGGCCCUCGGCAUCCUCCUCUAUACACUCGUCUACAAAGAAAACCCCUUCUACAGCAUUGACGAAAUACUGGAUCACGAAUUACGCAUACCGUGGAUCAUGUCGGCCGCGAAUAUUGAAUUAAUAAAACAGAUGUUGGAUAGAGAUGUCGACAGGAGGCUGACUAUUAGUCAAGUUAGGGAUGCCGGAUGGUGUAGGGAGGUUGGUGACCUGUAA